CACCACACGACGCCAUUGUGGCUCAUAUUCGUGCAAACUUGACGUGUUGUUAUUGGGUGUGUCAAGACGGUUACAGAUUUGUAAACAUGGCGAUAGAAGCCUGGUACAUGGACAACUCUGACGAAGACCAGAGAAAGCCGCACAAGCUCGAUCCGAAUCGACCCGUAUCGUUGGAGGACUUACAACAACUUGGCGUUUUCCACUGGAAGCUGAAUGCUGACAUCUAUGAAACAGACCCAGAACUGCAGCGUAUCAGGAACGAGCGAGGUUACUCCUUCAUGGACAUCAUCACCAUUGAGAAGAACACACUGCCAAACUAUGAGGAGAAGUUAAAGAUGUUCUUUGAGGAACAUUUGCAUUUGGAUGAUGAGAUCCGCUACAUCCUUGAUGGCCAGGCUUACUUUGACAUCAGGGACAAAGAGGAGCGCUGGAUAAGAAUUGCCAUGGGGAAGGGUGACCUCAUUACCCUGCCAGCGGGCAUCUACCACCGCUUCACCUUGGACGAGUUGAAUUAUACUAAGGCCAUGAGGCUGUUUAUUGGGGAGCCAGUGUGGAAAGCCUACAACAGGCCAGCGGAUGACUACGAGAUACGAAAGAAAUAUAUGGCUUCGUUGCAGAACUCCUGAACAAAAACAUUUUUGUUUUUAAUUGGCUGUCCUCAUCAGCACCAUUUUUCUUCAUGACAUGUUUUGAAAAAGACAAAACUGGGAGAUAUUUUCCCUCAACUUGGUGUCACUUAAGAAUGAUGUUUUGUCCAAAGCUGUCAUGAGUGUGAGCUAUGCUAGCCCAAAAGUCAAACACACUUUUAAGAUUGUAAUUGUAAAUCAUUUAAUUCAAUGAAUGACAACCAUUUUCCACCUUGACAUCCAUUUACGCAUUUAUAUACACACAUAUAAAGUCUACACACCCCUCUGUUCAAAUGCCCUUAUUUUUUUUGUUAUAUAAAAAAAAAAAAGGCAAAUCAUUUCAAAAUUUCCUAGGUAACAUUGUUAUUUCUUGAUACUUUUAUUAAAUCAUUUUUAAUGAUCUA